AUGCAGUUGCAUCCUACCAAGAACACCUUCGUUUCCGGCUCGUCAUGGAUCUCAGCCAACCAACAGCUUGAUAAUAGGACGCUCCGUUACUGUCUUACGUUGUUGACAUGCAGUAGAGUACUGUACGCCAAUCUAAGACAGUUUAACCGCAAGGAUUUCCACUCCCAAUACAAGGAAGUACAACAUGCGGUACAGCAACUCCCGUGCAACCUCGGUUUCUUGGCGGCCAAAAGGCCGUCUCUGCACCUUCCGAGUUUGACCUUCACCUUUUUCAAUAGUUUGCAGUUUCGUCGUCCGAGUGGACGCGAAUAUUCUUCGACCAACCCCCCGCCAAGUCAUGUCGCUUGA